UUCCAGAUCUUGCGACGUUGAUGGGCACCUCGGAAUAUCCCAAAAAGUUCCAUGGGUGAAGAAACCUUGACAACACGUCCUUUCGAAUUCUCCUAGCCCACGGUCUCUAGAAUUCUUCUCCUAGACAACGCUCUCUAGAAUACUUAAACUAGACAAAGCUCUCUAAAAUACUUCGACUAGACAAAAGUUCUCAAGAAUACUUCGACUAGACAAAGCUCUCUAGAAUACUUCGACUAGACAAAGUUCUCAAGAAUACUUCGACUAGAAAAAAAAGUUCUUUGGAGUAUAAUUCAGUUCGAAACCCUCCCUUCGACCAGCGCUCAAGAUGACGGAGGUACACGAAGAGAGGAUCACGUCGACCGCCGUUGCAGGAUUCCCCUCUAGAGGCGCCAAAGUCGAGCCCUAGGAUGGGACCCUUCCGCAGACACGUUCCUGCGUCUUCUUUCGUCUCUCCAACGUCUUCUGCUCCUCCUUCAUCCUCUCUAGGAAACCGAAGACGACUAACCCGCGAGGGAGACACUGGACUUAACCGUAGAUUAUUUUUUAGAAUGAUGCACCAGCGACGCAGUUAUGUUUUCCUCUUAGGAUCAACGUUAAAGCUUUACUAGAAGACGCCAUACAGAGAUUAAGCAGCAGGAUUUUUAGAAUAGACGAAGCUCAAGUUUGUAGUAGAGGAAAGCUGUCUUGCAUUUCAUUUCUUCGAUCAUUAAUAACUUGGGGUCAAAAGAGACAGGUAUUCUCCUGUGAUACGGAUUAACGGAGCCGCUGACAAAGGACCACUUGUAUACUUCUAAGAAUCGCAUACCAAGCCUUGGGAAUCUUCUAAACAAGUAAAGUUCAGCAUCAACUUUCAAAAACGAAAGCGAAAAAAAGAAAAUUGGACAAGUCUACGACGCAAACGUAUCUCUCCGUGAUUAACAUCUCGCAAAGCAAAGGCAGACUAGCGUGAAAUGAAAAAUGUAACUUUUCAGAACUUUGGCAAAACAAUCGAGUGUUUCGAGACAAUCAAAACAGAAAAAAUAACUCACUCCUUUUAGCAAAAGUACUUUUUUUUUUUCUUUUUGUAAAGUGCGUUUCAUUUCUGUACACGUAGGCGAUAGAUGUCUGGUUACACAAAGCUUGUGAAGUUCUUCGUUCACUAUUUUUAGGGAGGCUUUAUAUGAACUCGUACUUGUGCCAUAGUAUUUUUAGAUGAAGGUUAGUGAUUGUAGGCGCUCGCAGGACUGGACGUUAUUGUGAUAUAACGAUCAUUUUCUACCUCAUAGGUGUUUUUUCAUAUACAUUUUUUACAUCCAUGAACCUCCAACCACAAACGAAUAAAGUCACUGUGGAAAGCUAAGACGUAAUACAUAUCGUAAAAAGGACACAAGACAGAAACAAACAAUUUUGUUGUGAAGCAUUCAGCUCAAGAACUUUUAUACAAAGAAAGCCCGUGGAAUAAGGACCUGUGCAACAGUUUCUUUCAAGUUUCUCUGGCAUAAUUUAGCGCCUGUGGGUUCAGUAGCACUGGGAAUGAAAUAGUUUUAACAAUAGUUCAAUAAAUACGAUUUUAGACGCGUAAUUCAUAUCACAUCUGUUAGGGAAGUAGCUGGCUGAAAUAAAGCAAAGAAGGUUUGAAAUUCAAAAAAUUCCUUCAGGCUGGUGUGAUCUUUUGCACUAGCUGUCUUCCAGAGCAAUACAACAGUCUUCCAAAAGCUUUUGGUUGUCUUCCAGGAUAUCGAGGUUGUCGGUAUGUGGCAUAUCAUUUUCUUCAAUUAGCACUGACGACUCACCACAACCUAAAAGAACAGCACCCUUCACAGUUUUUCUUUUGCAAAGGACAACCUAAUCUACAUUCAUUUCAAGCACCUUCUCACAAUGUAUCUCCAGUACAUUACCAAAAUUAGAUCAGUUAGUGAAAAGUAGAUUCAGGAUUGUUUCCACUUAUGGAUCAUUAGUCUCAUAGAGCUGGCCUUCAACCUAUUCAGACAGGCUCUGCCAGGUGACAGGUCUCAGUCAACCUGUUAAAACAGGCUCUGCCAGGUGACAGGUCCCAAUCAACCUGUCAAGACAGGCUCUGCCAGGUGACAGGUCUCAGCUCGGAGAUGGUGUCUCCUCGGGUGUUUGCGCCAGACCAUGAGAACGCUGUGGAUUGUUAGUUCACAGAAUAGGUCUGGUAGGUCACAAUACACGCUUAAUUGGGUGUGGUUGUGGGUGUGGGUGUGGUCGCUAACCCUCUGCAGGGUAGCUGGGGAAUGUCCUAAAGUUUGCGAAUGCAAGUGGAAAGACGGCAAAAGAACUGUUUCUUGCAUAGGCGCUGAAUUCGACGACAUUCCACGUCGGUUGGACCCGUCCACGCAGGUGCUCGACCUCAUGCAGAACAACUUAAAGGUUCUGCCAGAACACGCAUUCGCCAACACAGGUCUCGUCAAUCUACAAAAGCUGUGGCUCACUUACUGUAACCUGAAGCAGCUGGAUCGUGGUGCCUUCAAAAUGUUAGCUAAUUUGGUGGAGUUGGACCUCAGUCAUAACUUACUUCGAAGUGUACCUUCUGCUGCUCUUAGUGACAUUCCUGGUCUUAGGGAGCUACGAAUGGCCCGCAAUGCUCUCACUUCCAUACCUGCCGAAGCAUUCACACCCACGCCAGACCUAGUUCGUCUUGACCUCUCCAGUAACCGAAUAUAUGCUUUACAUUACCAUGCUUUCUGGGGUCUAGCCAGCCUAGAAGUACUAAAGCUUUCUGGCAAUGUGUUAAAUCACAUGGGCCAAGAGGUGCUAGUGCCUCUGAUGGCACUCCAUGGGUUGCAUCUGAAUGACAACCCAUGGCAGUGUGACUGCCGUCUACGCCCUCUUCGUGAAUGGAUGAUAAAUAACAAUAUAGCUGGAUUAGUUCCGCCUACGUGUGCCCGUCCAACACGCAUUAGUGGUCGUGGUUGGCAUACUUUGACUUUAGACGAGUUUGUGUGUGUGCCCCACGUGGCAGCAAUCGUACCAGAGAUUUUUGCACAACAAGGGGAUAAUGUUUCUCUUGCAUGCCGUGUAGAAUCUGAUAUGAAAUCAGAGGUCAUGUGGCUUGUAGGUGACAAGCCUUUAGUGAAUGCUACUGAUUCCUGGAGAUAUAAGGUGCUAGAAUUAGUUUCUCUUAACCAAUCAGCUCUACUGUCCAACCUAACUAUUUCGGGUGCAGUUGCUAAAGAUCAGGGGACUUACCGAUGCAUUGCUGAAAAUAAAGCUGGCCGUGCAGAAUCAAAUGUCACCCUUCAAGUGUCUGCUGAUGAAUCUGAGAGUGGUUUUGUGUUUUUUGAUACGACGUACAUGACAGGCGGACUUCUGUCAGGUUUGGGUUUCCUUAUAACUAUAUUAUUAUUAGUAAGUUGCGUUGUGCAUCGUCGACAGAGAGUUAGGCUAUUCAGAAGGCAGGAAGAAGAGCGCGGACGAGCUGCUCUGAACCCACCACAGACCGCCGUCGCCGGUUGCAAGCCCAAGCCUCCAGCCACCCAACAAAGAUUUUCUGCUAACUAUCAGGCCUCAUCCGACGAAAAGGAACCUCUCCAUCCUACUCAUUCGAAGCACUCUCGUUCUCCACGAGACAACGUCAACGGAAGCUACAGUCGGAGUUCCCACGCAAGGUACCAGGAAAACAACAUCGACGACCCAAGGGCUCAUCACAGGCUGUCGCAAAAUAACCUGGACAGGUUAUCGUACGCCGAAGUACCCAUAUGUGAUCUGUCACGAAGCAGGAGCGACUUGGAGGAGAGGCUGAGCUGGAAGAACCUCGAAUUCGAGACAGAUAUCCUACGCCGUGAGUGUAGUCCUACGGGAUCUGUUGUGUCUGUGGUCAGCAACGGUCCUUAUCCGGAUAUGGUGGACAUCCCUUACACUCACACAGGGGAUGAGUACAGAAGUGAAUUCCAAGCUUAUGAUUCUUCAUUCAGUAAUCGUCCUAGGAAAUCGAGCCAUCAUUCUUACGAAGACACAAGAUUGGGCCAUUUGUCUUAUGACCACAGCUCCCUCGACGGCAGGUGUUACAGUGACCUUAACCUUGCCCUAAGUGAGGAUUCCUACGACGCCCUAAGCCGCCGUAUUGGCCGUCGCCGAGCUAUCCGAUACCCAUCUCUGCCCACCACGCCCAUGAUCGAGCACGACGAGCCCGUCAGGAUCACCAGCGCCCACGAUGCCCGGCGUCUUCGGCGAAUCAUGGCUUCUCACAGAGGUAAAUACCACUCGCUGGAAGGCACGAGCGAGCUGAGCUCUGGGGAUCCUUACCGUUAUCACUUCCACGCAGCCCGCCUGGACAAGUUCCUGCAGGAGUACCGAGGCCUCCAGGCGCAGAUCUACCGCAGGAAGGCGGCCGUCAACCGACCUGGGUCGACUGCCAGACUGUCUGCCUCGGACACGCUGGAUGUGACCGGUACUUCUCUUUACAAGGAUGCAACUGUCCCGCCCUACAUGGAGGUCGACAUCGGACUAUCCCACCGGAGGGCACUGCCAACGACCAAGGCUCUACUAUCCGCGUCGCAGAGUGUGGGAAUGAACAAGGGGCCCGUCCUGAGCACCGAGAGGAGGCGGAGCAUGGCACAGGUCGGCAACCUCACCCACAGCGACUCGGUCAUCGAAGCUAUGCAAGGAAGGGCGCUCACCCCCACCGACUACAUGAUCGAGGUCAUGCAGAACACGGACGUCGUGGCCACUCCCAAGACCAUCAUCGAUGCAGUGACCACCAGGGACCUGGAGGACUCCGAGAGCAUGAGGGAAGUGCGGGAGGCCAUGCAGGAGGCGCGAGACCUGAGUCCUGCCGAGUCGGUGAUGGACGUGAUGAAGGGAAGGAUGUUGAGGUCCAGCGAAUCCUUACCUGUGAUACAGAGGAGAAAAAGGAGCUCCACGGAUUCCAGGAUGGACUCGUCCUCGGAGGAACCCCCGAGACAAACCGAACCCCUUCGAUCAAUCCUCAAAAACCGAUACGAGGGGGGAGGGCUCCUGUACUCCGGGGGGCAGUACCCUCAAAGUGCCUACUACGACAGCAGUGGCGUAUGUGAGGGCAACAUCGAUACCUCUUAUAGUUCUGAAUAUAAAGAUUACCUGGACCACGAGUCUUGAGAGCUGGUAAGACUCAUUAGUGACAUGGAAUGACGACGAUGUUUUUGUAAUUCGUUUUUCAUCUUCUCUUCGACAGUUAGGUCUCUCUCUCUCUAGUCACUUGUCUAUCCAGAUCUCGUGUUGUGCUGUAGACUGUUGAUCUCUUUAUGAAACUUUUAACUGUGUAUCUUGCGUCUCGAUCUUUAAAGAAAUGAAGAUUCUGAAUAAAAAGGGGUUUCAUUUUCCUCUGAGUAGUUUGCAAGAACUUUAGCCAAAGAGAUAUUAUUAAUGACGAUUGAUAAUGGGACAAAUGAACUAAUAAAGAUCCAUAAGAAACUGGCUAAUUUAAAUCCAGAUGGUUUACGAAACGUUUAGACUUUAUUUCAUUGGUAAAAGCUGGCACCAGUUUGUAAAAUGACAUUAAUAAUUAAAAAAAGGUUUGUCACGAAGACCAUUUACCUCAAAUAAUCAUAACUAAGAUGCUCUUAUAAUGCAAUAAUAAAUCAGAACAAUAUUUACUA